CUCAAAUUUGCACUGCGUUCGGUAAUGAAGUUGUUCAAAAUUUUGCUUCUGAGAAUGAGGGGGAUUACAGAAGAACCUAAGUCUGGAAGACCUGUCUUGAAUGACGAUGAAUUGAGGGAAGCUAUCGAACUUGAUACUAGUCAAACACUUCAUAAGCUUCCCAGAGUGUUCAACGUAGACAAUGAAACCAUUCGCCCCGACUUACAUCGACCUGGGAGGACGUGGACGUUAAGCAAGUGGGUGCCUCAGAAAUUGCCCAACGACAGGCAUUGCAGAAUCUUCCAGAAAUCUACUCAAGUCAAUUGCAACGAGUAUCUCUUGCCCUGGCCCAGGAACAACCUGCUCUCGUGAAACAAGGUUUAAUUUUUCACCAAAGCAAGGCGAGUCAUACAGCCAGAACGACAAACGUUGUGAUAAUGAAGCUUGGUUGGUCCUAUCACACCCUCCAGAUCUGAGACCCAUCUGACUUUCACCUUU